GGCCCCUCAACAGAGACUGGGCCCAGGGCAGCUGCCCCUUUUGCCCUGUGUUAAAGACGGUCCUGGCGGGUCCAUCCUGAAGACAUUCAGCUUGGAGCAUCCUCUUCAUACGGUGGCCGCCAUAUACUGAAUCUUCAAUGCAAGUUCAUUAAUCAGUGUUUGCUGGAGGUGCAAGAUGGAGACACCGGACGGUCCCUGGGCAUGGGGGGUACUCACUGCAGUUAUGCUGAUACAUGGACUCACUCUCGGGUUCCCCUCCAGCAUUGGUGUCUUUUACACUGAUCUACAAACCUCAUUUCAAGCCUCAAACACAGAGGUGUCCUGGUUCCCUUCUAUUGUCAUGGCUGUUCUACAUGCGGGAGGUCCCCUGUGCAGUAUCAUGGUGGAGAAGUUUGGAUGCCGAGUGACGGUGAUGAUGGGAGGUCUCCUAUGUGGGAUGGGGAUGGUUGCCAGUUCUUUCUCUAAGUCCAUUAUCCAUCUGUAUCUGAGCGCAGGACUCCUUGCAGGUUUAGGACUUUGCUUCUGUUUUCAAUCGGCUGUGACAGUGCUGGGCUAUUACUUCAUCCGGCGCAGAACCCUUGCUAAUGCUCUGGCUUCCACUGGGGCUUCCAUUGGGAUGGCUCUAUGGCCUUUAGCAUCCCAACAUCUACUGGAGUAUGUAGGCUGGAGAGGCUCCUUCAUGAUCUUUGGUGGAGUUCUUCUCAACUGCUGUGUGUGCGGUGCCAUCAUGAGGCCUGUAAGGGCCCCAAAACCAGCGCCUGAGAAGGAGUUGCUUGCCCCAAAUGUUAAAAAUGGCAUCUCUUCUGGUGGGGAGGAAAUGGAAAAAGGCAAAGGAAUUCAACGUUACAUGGCCUUUGACCUUCUUCUACAUCACCGACGCUACCAGAUCUAUACAAUUGGUGUGACCUGGAUGGUAUUAGGGUUUAUUCUGCCACUAUUUUACUUGGUUCCAUAUGCCACUAGUAGUGGAAUUGAAGAAGGGACAGCGGCAUUACUGCUGUCCCUCAUUGGCUUUAUAAAUAUUUUUGCACGGCCGAUAUCUGGACUAGUGUCACAACAACGUAUUUUCUCUGGGAAGCUCAUAUACCUUUUCAGUGUAGCUGUGAUAUUAAAUGGACUUAGUAACUUGGUGUGUGCCGCCUGGGUAACUUUCCCAGCUCUAUUGAUAUACUGCGCCCUGUACAGCAUUUCCAUGAGUGUCAUCGCGUCAUUGGUGUUCCAAGUGUUGAUGGACACAGUUGGAAUGAAAAGGUUCCCUGGAGCUUUUGGGCUUUUUACCAUUCUGGAGAGCAUCACCAUCCUAAUGGGGCCUCCUCUGGCAGGUUUGUUGGUGGAUAUUACCGGUCAGUACAAUUUAGUUUUCUAUGCCAGUGCCGUCGCGGUGACUUCCUCAGGAAUCUUCAUGGGUUUAGCCUCUCUUGCUCUGGAUAGGAAAGAAGCAAAGGCCAGAAAAAGCAACCAAGAAACCGCAGAAAAUGGUGACCGAGAAGAGCAAUUGGAUAUAAAAUACUCUCCUUCCUAAGGCUCUCUUGUGUGAGCUCCCUCUCUGCAGCAUUACAAUUCCCACUCUGCCGUCACUCAGGACCCAUGCAAGUUAUUCCGUUCUGAGUGGUUGAGGAUUGUAAGAGAAUGCUCGUUUUGGGAACAUAAUGUCAUGUACUGUUACUGCAACUGAUGGCUGAUGUUUGAGUGAGGUACAACUGAGUGGGGUGUCAGUGAGGCCAGUAUUGUUUUCUUCAAUGUGGGAGAUAUUUUAUGGGGGCCGUGGCUUCCCAUUUUGUGCUCAGGCUGAUUUCAUUUGGACUUGACAUAUUUGAGGGUUCUUCUCUAUUUAUAUAUAUAGUCUCAUUUGCUUCCUGAAACACAGAAGAGCCCCAUAGACUUGUGAGAUAUGUUUGGCACUUUAAAGAUUUUGUCUAUGUGGAUAGCUGAGACCCCUCCAAUAAGGAACCCCAAGGAAAUGUAAUCUACUUGAAGCUGGGAAGCCUUGCUGGAUCUGCAAAGACCUCAUUGGUCAGUUGGAUCACCCAAAAAGACACUUGGAUUAAUCAGGAUUAAUAACUCCCACAUAUUUCCAUCAUGAAUGUAUUUUUCUGCGGUGGGGUUUCCACCAAAGUUCUAUAACCUUUCAUUUCAGAGCAAUGUGCAAUCAUAAUGGUCCUAAUUUAUUUCUCUGGAUCAUGACAAAUAAUUAUCACAACUGCGGCAGCGUUUUUAUUUUUAUAUCACUUUUGAAAUGUUUUUAAUGUUCAACUAUCCAUGGUCCAAAGGUUAUUGCAAUUUCUUGAUGUGACUCUAUUUAAACCUUAUCAAAUGACUUUACUCCAGGGAUAACAUUAUUUAAGUAUUUAUAAGGAAGCAUAAAAAAAGAAAGUUUGCUUCUGACUGUUCCUAUUCAAUGUAACACUCAUAUCUAAGGUGCCAGCAAUAUCUGCUCCAUAAAUCUCUUGCUUUUCAGUCUUAUCUUAAAGACGCGCACAACCUUAUGUGACCUUCUCCCUUUGCCUUAAAGGGUCAUGAAACACAAAAUGUUUCUUUCAUAAUUUAGAUAGAACGUACAAUUUUAGACAAGUAAGUUGGAAAGUUUUUUUGAAAGUGUAUGCUGUGUCUGAAUCACGAGUAUCUAAUUAUGACUUUAAGGGGUCAGCAGUACCUUUACUAUUCCUUUUUUCAGUAUCAUAUGUUGGGCCGACAGGGUCUCUGGUUUUCCUCUUUAUACUUUUAGCUCACAGGUCUUCAGUGCCUACUACAUGACUCUCUCCUUUUUUUCUGUUGUUAAAGGGACAGCCAAGUCAAAAUUAAACUUUCAUGAUUCAGAAAGGGUAUGUCAUUUUAAACAACUUUCCAACUUACUUUUAUCAUCAAAUUUGUUAUCUUGGUAUUCUUUGUUGAAAGCUAAACCUAGGCUCAUUUGCUAUUUUCUAAGCUAUUGAAGUUUUCCUCUUAUAUCACAGCUAGACACUGUUAGUUCAUGUGUGCCAUAUAAAUAACAUUCUGCUCA